AUGGUUCAGACAGACCGUGGUGAUGCCGGGCUAGACGAAAUCCGCAACUUUCUCGACCAAGUCCUCUCCGCCCACUCCUCAGCACAACCCAACAACUUGAAUCCGCAACAUCCACACCACAGCAUAGACCCAAACAUGAUGGACCCCAACAUGAGGGACUUCUAUGGUCCAAAUUUGCAGUAA